AUGACCUAUGAUGAUGUGCAUAUCGACUUCACUUGGGAAGAAUGGACUUUGCUGGAUCCUUCCCAGAAGAGUCUCUACAAAGAUGUGAUGCUGGAGACCUACAGAAACCUCACUACUGUAGGAUACAGUUGGGAAGACCAUAAUAUUGAAGAACAUUCUCAAAGUUCUAGAAGACAUGAAAGGCUUGAAAAAAGUCAAACUACAGAGAAAACUUCUGUAUAUACUCAAUGUGUUAAAGCCUUUGCAUGUGACAGUCAUCUACACAGUCAUCUUCAGAUACAUAAAAGAACAUGCACUGGAGAGAAACCCUAUAAAUGUAAUCAAUGUGGUAAGGUCUUUGCAUAUUCCAGUACUCUUAAAAUGCAUGAGAGGAGCCAUAAUGGAGAGAUGCCCAAUAAAUGUAAUCAGUGUGGUAAAGCCUUUACAUGUCACAGUCAUCUACAAAUACAUAAAAGAAUACAUACUGGAGAGAAGCCCUAUGAAUGUAAUCAGUGUAUUAAAGCCUUUGCAAGUCACAGUAGUCUCCUAAAACAUGAAAGAAGCCAUACUGGAGGGAAUCCCUAUGAAUGUAAUCAGUGUGGUAAAGCCUUUACAUGUCACAGUAGUCUCCGAGUACAUGAAAGAAGCCAUACUGGAGAGAAGCCCUAUAAAUGUAAUCAGUGUGGUAAAGCCUUUGCACAACAUAGUCAUCUACAAGUUCAUAAAAGAACACAUACUGGAGAGAAACCUUAUGAAUGUAAUCAGUGUGGCAAAGCCUUUACAUGGAGUAGUAGUCUACAAGUUCAUAAAAGAGCACAUACUGGAGAGAAGCCCUAUGAAUGUAAUCAGUGUGGAAAAGGCUUUGCAUGUCUCAGUAGUCUCCGAGUACAUGAAAGAAGCCAUACUGAGGAGAAGCCCUAUAAAUGUAAUCAGUGUGGAAAAGCCUUUGUAUUUCACAGUCAUCUACAAGUACAUAAAAGAACACAUACUGGAGAGAAGCCCUAUGAAUGUAAUCAGUGUGGAAAAGCCUUUUCAUGUCUCAGUAAUCUCCAAGUACAUGAAAGAAGCCAUACUGGAGAGAAGCCCUAUGAAUGUAAUCAGUGUGGUAAAGCCUUUUCACAACAUAGUCAUCUACAAGUUCAUAAAAGAGCACAUACUGGAGAGAAGCCCUAUGAAUGUAAUCAGUGUGGUAAAGCCUUUGCAUGUCACAGUAGUCUCCAAAAACAUAAAAGAACCCAUACUGGAGAGAAGCCCUAUGAAUGUAAUCAGUGUGGUAAAGCCUUUGCAUGGAGUAGUAAUCUACAAGUACAUAAAAGAGCACAUACUGGAGGGAAGCCCUAUGUAUGUAAUCAGUGUGGAAAAGCAUUUGCAUGGAGUAGUAAUCUACAAGUACAUAAAAGAGCACAUACUGGAGGGAAGCCCUAUGUAUGUAAUCAGUGUGGAAAAGCAUUUGCAUACAAUAGUAGUCUUCAAAUGCAUGAAAGAAGCCAUACUGGAGAGAAGCCCUAUGAAUAUAAUCAGUGUGGUAAAGCCUUUUCACAACAUAGUCAUCUAUAA